GGAGGUACCUACCUAGCUCUGGAUUGUUUUUUGUGAAUUUGAUGUGAUUGAUCUCAAAGAAUUUACUUACUUCAACGAAAAGUGAAUAAAAACAAAAAUGAUGCGACCAGAAAGUAUUUUCACUAAAUAAAAGUGGCGGACAACGCUUGUCUUGUCAACGACGUGCCAGGAAAAAAAAUACCAAUUUUCUAGAUUUUUUUUUCCCCACAUGGUGUCGUGCCCAAAAAGGCAUCAUGUCCACCUGUAGCUAUUUCUGGUCACAUGACGCAAAAGUGCGAUUCAGCCGCCGCUGAUUGGUCAAGCUCUGCUUGGUCAGAUGCGCGUGCUUCUGUUUAGUUUCACUUCCGCAGUCCGCUCAUGUAUCUGUAGCAUAUUAGCAUCUGAAAUAGAACUUAACACGGCUUCAUAGGAAGCCUCUUAAUUAUCCGGGACAGAAAAAACAAAUAAACUCUCGAUUUAUUUUUCUGUCCUUGACGCGGAUUUAUUUUUUUUCUGCGUAAAAAAAAACUUUGGUUUUGAUGCUAGUUAAGUCAACCAGGAAGCAACAUUAGCGUCGUGUUAAGAGUCAUCAUCGUCUGCUACUUAUCUGUUUGGCUACACUGCAGACAGUUGGUAUUAAACGUUUACAAAGCCAAAGGGACGACUUUCCACUCAUUUACAGUAAAAUAAGUCAUGCAGCUGUUCAGUGUUCCCAGACAAUGUCACAUCACGCUGCAGACCUUCAUGGUUCUGCUGGUGCUGUGCAGGAGCUGCGUGUUUGCCGGUAACGGCACCAAGGCCUGCAAACUCAUACACGAAAGCCAGUCAGAAAGAAAAGUCCUUGAUCGACUCGAACCACUUGUCAACAAGAACUUUACAUUCGACCAAACAGAAGGGGAGGACAGUUACACGUAUGUGUUCCAGUUGUGCGGAGAUGCAGGGGGUGUUCCACAAGCUGGAGCUAUUCAAGUGAACAAGAAGGACAAGAAGAUAAAAAAAAUCGGAUUAUAUACCUUAACGAAGGCCGUAGGAGGCAGCGAUUGGGUGAUGUUGAUAUACGAUGGAGGUGACAAAUAUGACCAUCACUGUAGCCAGAAAAACCGGACAGCUAUGGUCAUGAUCUCCUGCGACAAGAAUGUCGACAUGGGUAACUUUAAAGUCAUCUUGGAGGACAGAGAGAGAGAGCACGACUGUUUUUAUCUUUUCGAGCUGGACUCCAGCGCAGUCUGUCCUGCUGUUCAGUCCCAGCUCAGUGCUGGCUCCAUAAUACUCAUUAUCGGUUUCUGCCUCAUGGCUGUUUACCUCAUUGGAGGUUUCCUCUACCAGCGGCUGAUCGUCAGAGCAAAAGGGAUGGAGCAAUUCCCAAAUUAUGCUUUUUGGGUGGAAGUUGGAAACCUAACAGCGGAUGGCUGUGACUUUGUGUGCCGGUCAAAAAACCGAGAGGCCUCUCCAGGUUCCAGAGGAGUGACCACAGAACCUUUAGAGGAGGAACCAGAGGAGAGAGACGACCACUUACUACCUAUGUGACCUCAGUAUGUCGCAAACUAGACCGAACUUUUCACUGCGUGAUACUGAUUACUCUUUUUAAAGCUUUUGACAAAGUUACUAGUUCACUCGUCUGUUUUCUUUACCUAAUGAAGGUCACUUGCUGUUUGUGUUGUACAUACACCUGUAGAACAGUGGUGCUCAGUUUUGAUCCUGGAGGGCCAUCAUCCUGCAUGUUUUAGAUGUUUCUCUGCUUUGAGACACUUGAUUUGAAUGAAUGUGAUUAGCAGGCAUCUGCAGAACGGGAAGACCUGCAGAAGAGCAGGGGAACGUUUGGCACCACUGCUAUAGAAGGAUGGCUUUAUCCAUACAGAGCAGACUUGUCACUCCUCUUACCCAAAACAUUACAUUUAUGUUUGACUUCAAACAAAUUAGUGAUUUAAUUAAAAUUUGAGGGAACACAGAAUUAUUUCAUAAACAUUUGGCAAAAAAGGAGGAAUUAUAUGAUUUUUUUUUGCAACAUAAAAAUCAGUUAUGCUUGUUCCUCUCUUUCUGCUUCCAACGAUGGUUGUUUUGUGUUUGUGUUGAUUGCUUAAAGCUGUCUGCACUGAAGAAUUGCUUGCUGCAGGUUACAUAACACCCAAGUGUUUUUUGCUGGUGAACAUCAGCUUUAGUCUUUUUGUUUUGUUUAGAUAGAUCUAUGAAUGUAUAAAGAUUCAUUCUAAGUACAGUGGGCUGCACUUACAGCCUUGUUGCACAAGUAGGAAGAGCUGCAAAAACCAAAGCUUAAGUUAAUUUUUUCCUCAUCCCUCUACAUUAUUUCUUUUAAAUGUUUCUAGUUUUCCUCUUAAACCAUUACAGAACUCAUCUAUCCUCUUACCGGCACACUUUGAACGUUAAAAACAAAGCAACAAUCCUCAGUUUAAAGCAAUUUUCUUUUCAUGUGAUUUUUCUAUUCACAGAUCCUUCAUAAAAAUGUGAUAUGUUGUAUAAAUUUGUAUUUUGCUCAAAGAAUUGAGCAUCAACUGCAGCACACCAAUGGUUCUGAUUCUUCAGCUGUGUAAUAAUGAACAGAGGAGUAAAUACAUGCUGCUCUGACCCAAACUUGUGAAACUGUGGCACAUAAACCAACUUUAUUUCCUGUAGAAAACACUUAAUCCUGAUUUCCAGUUGCUGUGUCAUUUUUCUUGUAAAACGGUGACAGUACUUCUUAUACUCCCUCUGUGUUAUUAUGCCAUAGUUGCAAAGUGUUAGAUUUGAAGAAACGGUUCCUAUGAGUUAAAGUAGUUUUACAUAAAUCUAAAUGUAAGUAUUUGAAAGGACUGAACUGCAUUUUUGAGUUUGAUGGGGAAAAGUUCUUGUUUUACUGAGUUUUUUUCUGUAUUGAUUAGUUGAAAGGUUUUUUCUUUUUUCAUCACCAUCAUUUAUGUUUACUAAAGUUGACUUUUUUUUUUUUGCUUAGUUUAUGAAAUAAUCAACUGCAUUAUGUGGUGGGAAUGCUCUCGUUUGCUUUAAGUGAAUAAAAAUGUGUCCAAGUUUGUGAGAGUGCAGAAGUUUUGAGCUAGCUCUGAUUUUGUAUGUAUUAUAUGUUACUUCUAAGGAGCAAAACUUUACAAAAAAGUGAAAUGGUCUCUGUUCUUGGACUUUUUCUUUUUUUUUCUACCUAUCUUUUUUCUUUCUUUUUUUUUUUUUGUGUGUGUGUGGGGGUGGCUUCUUUUUUUUAUUUAGAUUUUCUUGCUUGUUAGGACCUUGCCAUUCUUUGCAGAUUUGCAUAAACCAUUUUGACUUGUUACAUCAUAAAUAAGCAUCCAAAAACUGAAGGUUAAAUUAUGUUUCUGAAGAACUUUUUUUUUUUUUUUCAGAUCUAGGGUCCAGUUUUUCAAGUUGUUUUUUGUUUUUCAUAACACAAUAUGCACAAUGUUGAUACUCUUAGGACCAAGUAGUUAUUAUUAUUAUUAUUUAAAUCUCAGAAAUAAAAUAUAUAGUAAUGGCAUGCAUCUCAGGACUUCAGACAAAAACACAGGUAUUUGACUUAAAUUUUCAAAUCAUGGACUUUCCUGUUUGCUUUUUUGAUUCUAAUAAACCAUAAAACUCA